GAAACCCUCGAAAAGCUACAAUUCGAGUACCGGUUGUGAGGAAAAGGCUCUCGAAACAAAGUGUGAUCACGGAAAAAAGAAGCGUUGUCGCUGUUUAAUUACGCCGUGAGUGUGGUGCAGUUUGUUGAUUUUGUGUUAUCUACCCCAAGUUCGGGUAGCUAGAUAAGUACCCAAGGUGCGCGAUAAGAAGGCAGAAGUGUUACAUUUGUCGCGUUGAGGUUAGGUGAAGUUGGGUUCUAAUUGGCAAAGCCGAAUCAAAUAUGGCAGUGAAUCAUCGCCAGGAAGAAAGUGUGCAAUAGGGUUCUUGGAAAUGGAAGCUCACGAACGACUAGGACAUCCGGCGGCCAUGUUGGAAGAGGGGGAAGUGCGGGGUGCGACAGCUACUGGGAAAGGAAGAAGAAGCGGUAAUAGUUGCAGCAGCAGCAGCAGUAACUCAACGAGAGCAGUGAUAAUGCGUAGAACCGGCAGACGACCUCGAUCCCUAAUGGGUGCGGCCCGGUUAUCAGCGGGAUUGGCGUUCGUGGCGAUAGUGGCGCUGCUCGGUGGAACCCCGUCGGUUUUUGCAGCAGAACCGCAAAUGCAGGCGCCCCGCUUCACGACGCAACCGUCCUCGUCCGGGUCGAUGGUGAACGAAGGCCGGACCAAGAUUCUCCAGUGUCAUGCGCUAGGUUAUCCGCAGCCAAUGUACCGGUGGCUGAAGAACGGUGUCCCGGUGGGGGACUUUGACACCAGUCAGUAUUUGAAGAUCCAGAGUACGACCCGGGAGGACGCCGGAUCGUACCAGUGUUUGGCGAAGAACGACGCCGGGACGAUCUUCAGCGAGAAGAUUGACGUCGUGGUGGCAUACAUGGGCAUCUUCGAGGACCUCACCGAGCAGGUCGUGUCGGUGCAGUCGGGCUACCCGGCGAUCCUGAACCUGUCCCGGAUCGAGUCCGUGCCGGCCCCCUCGGUGACGUGGCAAACGGAGGACGGUCCGCUGAACUACGACAUCAAGUACGCAACGACGGCGAGCAACCAGCUGAUCAUUCUGAGCGUGGACGAGAACGACAUGAAGAGCUACCAGGCGAGGGCGAUCAACACCCAGAUCGGAAAGGAGGAGAUCAGCGCGUUGAUCAGGGUUAACGUUACGGAGGGUUCGUACGGGGAGGUCGCGCCGGAGAUUAUCGUCGAGCCGAAGAGUAUCAAGGUGGUGCGGGGUGAGCAGACGGUGCAGCUGGAGUGCAUUGCCAAUGCGAGGCCACUGCACGAGCUGGAGACGAUCUGGUUGAAGGACGGGAUUCCGGUGGAGAACGCGGGGAUUUCGUACGCCCAUACGGAUCCGUGGAAUAGGACGUUGGCGCUGUUGUACGUGAACUUGACGCAUACCGGGCAGUAUACCUGUCAGGUGCAGAUGAGAACCGGAGGACAUCCGACGGUGCACUCGGUGGCGACGGUGACCGUGCAGGAACCUCCGUCGUUCUUCACGCCGUUCCGGACGGAAACCCUGGGGGAGUAUGGAUCGAAGACGGUGCUACCGUGCGACGUGAUUGGGGAACCGGUGCCGUACGUGACCUGGUUCCGGAACGCCGAAGGCCUGGAUCUUUCAACGGAUCGCUACCAGGUGCAGGACGAUCACUCGCUGGUGAUCAAGAAGCUCAGCAUGGAGGACUCCGCCAUGUUCCAGUGCUUGGCGAGCAACGAAGCUGGUGAAAAGUCCAGCUACACCUGGUUGAAGGUCAAAACUUCCGUUCCGAUCUUGGAGAUGAGUCCGACCAACCAAACCGUCCUGGACGGCAAGGACGCCACGAUGCACUGCCGAGCCGUGGGCGCUCCGACGCCGAACAUCACCUGGGUCUUCAACGAAUCACAAGGUAUCGAACUGUCCGGCCGGAUCCAGAUCCUGGACUCGGGCGAUCUGCUGAUCUCGAACGUGCGCGAGUCCGACACCGGUCUGUACACCUGCAUCCGGGCCAAUGAAGCCGGAGUCGUUACCGGAGAGGCCCACCUGGGCGUCAUGGUUCGAACGCAGAUCGUGCAACCUCCGGCGGACACGACGGUGCUGCUCGGUCACACCGCAGCGCUCCAGUGCAAGGUCUCGUCGGAUCCGACCGUCCCGUUCAACAUCGACUGGUACCGGGAGCCACAGUACGUUACCCCUAACCCCGUAACAGCCACCCAUGUAACGACCUUGCCCUCCCCCAGGCGUCAACCGAUCAAGAACAGCCAGCGGAUCGCCGUCAAGGCGGACGGAACGCUGGAGAUCAUCGAGGUGCGGCCCUCGGACGUCGGCCAGUACUCGUGCAUCGUUACGUCGCCCGGCGGUAACGAGACGCGAUCGGCACGGCUGAGCGUGGUGGAACUCCCGUUUGCUCCUACGAACGCCAAAGCGGUCCGGCUGAACACCGCUACCCACCGAGCGAUCAACGUUUCCUGGACGCCCGGCUUCGACGGGAACAGCCCCGUCCUCAAGUUCAUCAUCCAGCGGCGAGAAGUCCCGGAACUGGGUCCCCUACCAGACCCCCUGCUCAACUGGGUCACCGAGCUGAGCAACGUGUCCGCUGGGUCCCGCUGGGUCCUUCUCACCAACCUGAAAGCGGCCACCGCGUACCAGUUCCGCGUGAGCGCGGUCAACCGCGUCGGCGAAGGUUCCCCGUCCGAUCCGAGCAACGUGAUCAAGCUUCCGCAGGAAGCCCCGUCCGGUCCCCCGGUGGGAUUCGUCGGGUCCGCCCGGUCCUCGUCGGAGAUCAUCACCCAGUGGCAACCGCCGCUGGAGGAACACCGCAACGGUCAGAUCCUCGGCUAUAUCAUCCGGUAUCGGCUGUUCGGGUACAACGCCAGCCCGUGGAACGCCCGCAACAUCACGAACGAAGCCCAGCGCAACUACCUGAUCCAGGAGCUGAUCACGUGGAAGGAUUACAUCGUGCAGAUCGCCGCGUACAACAACAUGGGCGUCGGGGUUUACACCGAGGGGGCGAAGAUCAAGACGAAGGAGGGCGUGCCGGAAGCGCCGCCGACGAACGUGCGAGUUCAGGCGUUGAACUCGACGGCGAUUCGGGUGUGGUGGAAGCCGCCGAAUCCGCAGCAGAUCAACGGGAUCAACCAGGGGUACAAGAUUCAGGCUUGGAAGUACGAGAUCUACGAUGGGGAGGAGCACGAGAUGGAGGCCAAGACGGUGACGGUUCCGCCGAGCUUGCUGGAUCCGCUGGCGGAGCAGGACACGGUCAUGGCCGGGCUGGACAAGUUUGAGUCGUAUAAUAUUACGGUGCUGUGCUUUACGGAUCCUGGAGAUGGUGAGCGGAGCUACCCGAUCGAGGUCAAGACCAAAGAGGACGUUCCGGACGAGGUGGGAUCGCUGCAGUUUGACGACGUGUCCGAUCGUGAGGUGAAGGUCAUGUGGACGCCGCCCAAGCAGAUCAACGGGAUCCUUACUGGGUACCAGGUCAGGUAUAUGAUCAAGGAUCGCACGGAUACGAUGAAGAGUUUCAAUCUGAGUGCGGAUACGACGAGCUUGAAGGUUGUUAACUUGAUCGCGACGACGCACUACUGGUUCGAGGUGACGGCGUCGACUUCGAUGGGCUCUGGAUUGCCGAGGACGGCUACCAUUCAAUCCGGGGUGGAGCCAGUUCUUCCGAAUCCCCCGUACCAGCUCGCUUUGUCCAACAUUGAAGCCUUCUCGGUGGUCAUUCAGUUCACCCCAGGCUUCGACGGUAACUCCUCGAUCACCAAGUGGACCGUUGAGGGUCAAACGGCUCGCAACCUGACGUGGUUCACCGUGUACGAAGUACACGAUCCUGACGCGUUCACCCUAACCGUAACCGGACUCACCCCGUUCACUCCGUACCGCCUCCGGAUCAUCGCGUGGAACGUGGUCGGUCCUUCGGAACCCUCCGAACCCACCAAAGACUUCCAGACGAUCCAGGCUCGGCCGAUGCACCCCCCGCUGAACGUUACCGUGCGAGCGAUGAGCGCGACGGAGUUGCGCGUCCGCUGGAUCCCGCUGCAGCAAACCGAGUGGUUCGGGAACCCCCGCGGGUACAACAUAACCUACCGCAACGUCAACGAAAAGUCCCAGGUCGCGCCGUACAGCGUGGUGAUCGAGGAUCCGACCGCGAACUCGCACGUGCUGGACAACCUGGAGGAGUGGUCCGUGUACGAGAUCUUUAUGCGAUCGGUGAACGAGGUCGGCCAGUCGGCGGAUAGUCCGCACGCGUUCGAGCGGACCCGGGAAGCGGUUCCGUCGUUUGGUCCGCUCGGGGUGGAAGCGAACGCGACCUCGUCUACGACGAUCGUGGUCAAGUGGAACGAGGUGCCGAAGGAACACCGGAACGGGCAGAUCGAUGGGUACAAGGUGUUUUACGGGUCGGCGGGGAGGACGCAGGUUCUGCACAAGACCAUUCCGAACAACUCGACCCACACGACGACGCUGACGGAGCUGAAGAAGUUUGUGCAGUACGACAUUCAGGUGUUGGCGUAUACGAGGUUGGGCGAUGGAAUGCUGAGUACGCCUCCGGUGAGGGUGCAGACGUUCGAGGACACGCCGGGAGCGCCGUCCAAUGUUUCGUUCCCGGACGUUUCGUUCAGUAUGGCGAGGAUCAUUUGGGACGUUCCGGAGGAGCCCAAUGGGGAGAUCUUGGCGUACAAGGUCACCUAUUUGCUCAACGGAUCGAUGAGUUUGAACUUUAGCCGGGAGUUCCCGCCGUCGGAUCGGACCUUCCGGGCGACGCAACUUCUUGCGGAACGGUACUACCUGUUCAGCGUUACGGCGCAGACGAGACUAGGUUGGGGCAAGACCGCGGCCGUACUUGUCUACACGACAAACAACCGGGAGAUCCCGCAAGGGCCCUCGUCACCUCAGAUAUCAAGAUCCCAGGUACAAGCCGAGCAGAUCACGUUCAGCUGGACUCCCGGUCGGGAUGGGUUCGCCCCUCUUCGGUACUACACGGUGCAGUUCCGGGAGAAUGAAGGCCCCUGGACAGUGAUUCCGGAACGGGUGGAUCCAUCGAUUACUUCCUACACGGCGCUAGGACUAAAGCCGCACACGCUCUACCAGUUCCGGAUACAAGCGACCAACGACAUCGGACCUUCCGCCUUCAGCAAGGAAAGCAUUGAGGUUAGGACCCUUCCCGCUGCACCUUCGGAAGGAAUCACCGGGUUGAAGGUCGUCCCGAUAACCACGACCAGCGUGCGCGUUCAGUGGCGAUCACUGCCCAAAAACAUGUGGAACGGGGACGCCGCUACCGGAGGCUACCGAAUCCUCUACCAACCAGUAUCCGACUUCCCAUCAACGCUCCAAAGCACUCCCAAACAAGACGUGAUGGGCGUGGAGCAGGAGUCGGCGAUCCUGAAAGAUCUCACCCAGGACCGCAACUACGAGAUCAUCGUGCAACCCUUCAACUCGCAAGGUUCCGGACCGCCGACACCGCCAGUCGCCGUCUACGUCGGGGAAGCCGUCCCAACCGGGGAACCCCGCGGAAUAGACGGAGCUCCGGUGAGUUCCACCGAAGUCCGACUCCGCUGGAAGGCGCCCCAGCAGAGCAUGCAGAACGGCGAGCUGCUCGGGUACAAAAUCUUCUACCUGGUCACCGAUUCCCCCCAGGAGCUGGAAGAAGGCCGCAAGCACGAGGAGGAGAUCGAGGUCGUGCCGGCUUCGUACACCUCGCACAGUCUCGUCUUCCUGGACAAGUACACCGAGUAUCGGAUCCAGAUCCUGGCGUUCAAUCCUGCCGGGGAUGGACCCCGGUCGGCGCCGAUCACGGUCAAGACGCUGCAGGGGCUGCCGGGACCGCCGAGCAGCCUGUCCUUCUCGGAUAUCACAAUGAACAGCCUGAAGGUUAGCUGGGAUCCGCCGAGGAAGCGGAACGGGGAGAUCCUGGGGUACAUCGUGACGUACGAGACCACCGAGGAUAAUGAGAAAUUCAGCAAACAGGUCAAACAAAAGGUCUCCGGAACGUCCCUCAUCAUCCAGAACCUCGAAGAGGAGGUCACCUACACCUUCACGGUGCGCGCCCAAACCAUCGACUAUGGGCCGGCCCUAAGCGGGAACGUGACCACCGGACCGCAGGAGGGUUCUCCGGUGUCGCCGCGGGAUCUGCUCCUCUCCAAGUCGCAGGCCGCCGUCGACAUGUCCUGGCUGAACGGACCCUCCGGCAAGGGACCGAUCCUGGGCUACUACAUCGAAACCAAGAAGCGCGACGAUUCCCGGUGGGAGACGGUCGCCCGAACCACCAACGGUCCCAUCCAGGAGUUCACCGUCAGCUUCCAGAGCUUGCUGCCCUCGACGGCGUACAAAUUCCGCGUGAUCGCGUACAACCGGUACGGCAUCAGCUGUCCGGUGUACUCGGACGACGCGAUCCUGACGCCGUCGAAGCUGUACCUCGAGUACGGAUACCUGCAGCAGAAGCCGUUCUACCGGCAGACCUGGUUCAUGGUGGCGCUGGCCGCCACUUCGAUCAUCAUCAUCAUCAUGGUCAUUGCGGUGCUGUGCGUCAAGAGCAAGAGUUACAAGUAUAAGCAGGAAGCUCAAAAGACCCUGGAGGAAUCGAUGGCGAUGUCGAUCGACGAGCGGCAAGAGCUGGCGCUGGAACUGUACCGAUCGCGGCACGGCGUAACGAGCCAGAACGGAACGUUGAAUGGGACGAGCACGCUGGGCAGGAGGACGGGAACGAUUCUGGGGGGAAGCAGAAAGCCGCAGACGUCGGCGGCGGCGGCCGCUUCGCUGGGGAAGAGUCCGCCGCGGCCAUCGCCGGCGUCGGUGGCGUACCACAGCGACGAGGAGAGCCUGAAGUGCUACGACGAGAAUCCGGACGACAGCAGCGUGACGGAGAAGCCGUCGGAAGUGAGCUCGAGUGAUUCGCAGGCCUCCGAAAGCGAGAACGAGAGCGUUCGCUCGGACCCCCAUUCCUUCGUGAACCACUACGCCAACGUGAACGACUCGCUGCGGCAGUCCUGGAAGCGCCAGAAGCCCGUCCGCAACUACUCGAGCUACACGGACUCGGAGCCCGAGGGAAGUGCCGUCAUGUCCCUGAACGGGGGCCAGAUCAUCAUGAACAAUAUGGCCCGGUCGCGGGCUCCGCUGCCCGGCUUCAGCUCCUUCGUAUGACCCUCGUCCUGCGAGGGCAUCCUGAUGGACGAGCUGGACGCGCGGUUGAAGACCAGGACGACGACGAUGGUGGCGAAUGGCGGCGGCGGGAAGGUUCACCACUGUCCGCACCAUGCCGCGAUUAUCGUGGGCAGUCGCAGCGAGAACCAGCUCGCGUCCUGAUAGCUAGGAGUUGGUGACGGAGGGAAACUUGCUUGUGAUACAAACGUUUUACAACUGAACAUUUAGACGAGAAGACGCGAAUUUUUUUUCGAGGAAGAGCGAGUGAGAAAUUAAUUGUGUGUGAGAGAGAGUGAGAGCGCGUUUUCGAAUAAUGCAUAAUCAAACAAAAUGUGACUGAUUUUUUUUAAAAGCAAAAACAAAAGAGCGUUCUUUAAAGGGUAAGAUUUAGUUUCGAGGCGAAUUUGUAUUAGUUUUCUACACCUUUAAAGAGAAAACUUUCCACGCGCGAUGCGAUCAAGUACACGAUAUGAUAGGGUUUUUUUUUGGAGAGAAAGUCUAAAUCACACAACCGACACAAGGAUUGCUGUUAUGUACAAUACCAAUACGACCGCUGAAAUUAAUCGAGGUUAGGAAUAAGUGUAGAACAGAAAGAGCCAUAAGAUGUAAGUAGGUAGAUUACGGGCACUGCUAGAAAAAUGUGGAGAACUACUUGAUUUUAACAACAAAACAAAAAAAAGAAGGAAUAUUUACUGGAAAAAGUUAGUUUAAAAAAAACGAGCAAUUCUGCUGAGGGUGAGCAAACUUUGUGGAAAAUUGACUGAAAGUUUGUGAGUUUUUUUCUUGGCUAACAUUUUUAGUUAUGUCUACACAAGUUGCUUUUAAAUUAUCCAAAUUGUAUCUUGAGGACUAUAGGAAUUAACUGUUUUCAUUUUAUUUAUAGAAAAAAACAGCUUCAAGAUUAUUUCAUAUUUUGUUCUCUAAAACUUAAACAAAUCACUUUU